GUGUGAGGAGGCUGUGUGUUGAGCUGCAGCCUCGCUCCAGGUUGCAUAAUGGGGAAAUACUUCAGGUGAAGAACUGGCUUCACUCUGGACCACAUCAGGAACAACCUGGAUUUAUUUCCUGGGCAGAGGCAGCAGUUAUGAGUCAAAGCGAUCCUGAUCAUCUCCAUGGAUUUCUCACAUGAGAGUUUCUUCUCGGCCAGAGGACCCUCGCCUUGCCCAGAGCCCGGCGGUGAUGCUGGCGAUGCCUCCGUCCAACGCCUCGGGCGCUGCCGCCGCUGCCGCCUCCUCCGCCCGCUCUAACCACACCGGCGCCGCCGCGGUGGAGGCGUUCAACGGCACCCGGCCGGCCAGCGACCCCACGGCCGCCGGCCUCACCAUGACCCUGGGGAUCCUCUUCAACGUGGUCGCCCUCGUCAUCCUGGCCAAGGCCUACAACCGCUUCCGCCGCCGCUCCAAGGCCACCUUCCUGCUGUUCGCCAGCUCGCUGGUGGCCACCGACCUGGCCGGGCACGUCAUCCCGGGGGCGCUGGUGCUGCGGCGCUACUCCGCCGGCUCGGGCUUCCACGGUAACCCCGACAACCCCGACGCCUCCUGCCUGUUCCUGGGGGGCUGCAUGGUGUUCUUCGGCCUGUGCCCGCUCUUCCUGGGCUGCGCCAUGGCGGCCGAGCGCUGCCUGGGCGUCGCCAGGCCGCUGCUGCACGCCCGCCUGGUGACCACGGCGCGGACCAAGAUGGCGCUGACGCUGAUCUGGCUGCUGGCGCUGUGCGUGGCCCUGCUGCCCUACUUCGGCCUGGGCGCCUACACCUACCAGUACCCCUGGACGUGGUGCUUCAUCCGGGUGAUGGAGGGCGCCGGCGCCGCCGACCUGGCCUUCGUCCUGCUGUUCUCGGCGCUGGCCUUCAGCUCGCUGGCCCUGGCCUUCGUGUGCAACACGGUCAGCGGCUUCACGCUGGUCAGGGCGCGGAUCAGGAAGAGGUCCAGCUCCCAGAGGAGCGCCGCCCGCUCCCACGACACCGAGAUGGUGGUGCAGCUGGUGGGCAUCAUGGUCACAUCCUGCAUCUGCUGGAGCCCCCUGCUGGUGUUCGGCCUGAUGUCGGUCACUCGAUCCUACAGCGACCUGGCCUUCGGCGACAGGGACACCUACAGGUCCCUGAUGGUGACGGGCGUCAGGAUGGCCACCUGCAAUCAGAUCCUGGACCCGUGGGUCUACAUCCUGCUGCGGCGCGCCAUCCUCAGGAAGAUCUACCGCAUCACCAAGAGGCAGGCCAGCCUCAAGGGCAGCAUGUUCCGCUCCCUCCGCUGGGACGCCGGAUCCUUCCAGAACUCAGAGAAGAGCUGCGUUAAUAAGACCUGACAGCAGAGGGAACGCGGAGCCGUGUGAUCAGAGCUCUCUGAAGUGGUAUUCAGGGGAAAACUGCCUUCUGACCGGCAGGAAUCGGAAAAGUAAAUGAAGUAUUAAGAGUGGAUCGGAUCUGAAAAAUCACUGGUUCCGAGUCGGUUCUGAACACAAACAAGAGGCUGAAAACACGCGAUGAACUGUCUCCAGCGUCUGAAGGGAGUGCAAUGGGAGUCUGUCCUCUGUGAGAGCAGAUGUAAAUAAAACCGUUUCCCAAAGUGGAGACUUUAUCCUGUCUGAAAAUAAAACACAUCUCAGCUCUGUACAUGUCCUCUGACACAUCGCAGAGUUCAGUGACUUGUGUCAAAGUUUGCACGAGAGGGUAAAAAAAAAAAAAAAAAAAAACUAAACAGAAAGCGGCUGUGCUUCUUACCUCAGC